AUGGGUUAUGGCCACCACUCCCUGGCAACCAACAUCACUUUACUGAAAGCCAGUGAAGUUGAUGAGAUCAUCACUGGUUCUGAUGAGAAGUACAAAGCUGUCUCACUCAGCUCAGACACUUCUUUUGUCGUACAGAACACAAAGAGUAAACGAGGCAACAGCUGGGUACCCACAAUACCCAGCAGCUCACACCACCUGGAUGCCGUGCCGUGCUCGACCCACAUCAACAGAAACAGGCUGUCCAAGUCCAAGAUCAGAACCUUCCCAUUAUGUUUUGACGACACCGACCCGGCAGUCGUCCAUGAUAAUGCUGGUCAGAAGGAGGAGCUAAUCCCCAUACGAUUGGACAUGGAGAUAGAAGGGCAGAAACUUCGAGAUUGUUUCACCUGGAAUAAAAACGAAAUGCAAAUUACACCAGAACAGUUUGGGGAAAUCCUGUGUGAUGACCUGGAUCUGAACCCAGUCAACUUUAUACCUGCAAUUGCUGGGGCCAUCCGACAGCAGAUUGAGAACACCACAGUUGCUGAAGGAAUGGAGGAACAGACUGACCAAAGAGUCAUCAUUAAAUUAAACAUUCAUGUAGGAAACAUCUCGUUGGUCGACCAGUUUGAGUGGGACAUGUCAGAACCUCAGAACAGCCCAGAGGAGUUUGCUACCAAAUUGUGUGCUGAGCUGGGUCUUGGAGGGGAGUUUGUCACUGCCAUUGCUUACAGUAUUCGAGGACAGCUGAGUUGGCACCAGAGGACGUAUGCAUUUAGUGAGGCCCCGCUGCCAGUUGUGGAGGUGGCCUUCCGCAACCACAAUGAAGCUGACCAGUGGUGCCCCUUCCUGGAAACUUUGACAGAUGCAGAAAUGGAGAAGAAGAUCCGAGAUCAGGACAGAAAUACAAGGCGUAUGAGAAGAUUGGCAAACACUGCACCCACAUGGUAG